CAUCACACACGAUCAUCCCUCGCCCAACUCAUUCGUGCUUGCGUGCGUGUGUAGGAAGAUCGUGACGUGAUUGUUUUUACUCCCAUAUCACAUCUUAUAACAUAACGAAAUUUAAUCAUUUCCCUUUGCAAGUGCAUCGAUCAUUGAAUGGACAGUGAUUCGUUACAUGUGAGUGGACGCUAGCACAGCCGGGCAUCGUCGUGAUCGCGCGAGGCGGGAUUUGGAUAUUAAAGUUUGACGUAGGUGAUACACACAAAGAAACUCCAUGGCAGAAAACAAUUUUCCUCCCCUUCCACGGUUCAUCCCAUUGAAGCCAUGUUUCUACCAGGACUUCAACGAGAUUCCAGAUCAACACCGGACCAUGUGCAAACGGCUGUAUUACUUAUGGAUACUAAAUAGCGCCACCCUAGCGACGAACCUGAUUGGUUGUCUGGCUUGGAUGUGCGGUGGAGGCGGGGCUACGAAUUUUGGGAUGGCCAUUCUUUGGCUGAUACUGUUCACCCCAUGCUCAUACGUGUGCUGGUUUAGGCCCAUCUAUAAAGCCUUCAAGACAGACAGCUCUUUCAACUUCAUGGCAUUUUUUUUCGUAUUCAUGGCACAGGUGGUUAUAAGCAUCAUUCAGACUGUUGGAAUCCCAGGAUGGGGAGUUUGCGGCUGGCUGGCCACCAUCACUUUCUUCAGCACUAAUAUCGGCUCUGCCGUUGUUAUGCUUAUCCCAACCAUAAUGUUCACUGCCGUGGCUGUGCUUUCCUUCAUUGCCCUCACCAGGGUUCACAACAUGUACCGUGGUAGCGGAGGUAGCAUGAGCAAAGCUCAAGAGGAAUGGACCACCGGUGCCUGGAAGAACCCUCAAGUCCAACAGGCAGCACAGCAGGCAGCGAUGGGGGCCGCGCAGGGGGCCGUGCAACAGCAGUACUCGGCCGCCCCAACCUAUAACUAUAACGAGCCAAUGUAGUUGGAUUAUAGCUACAUCAGGGGGGAGGGACAGUAACAGGGUAUUUGGGAGGAACUAUUGACCAAUUUGAAUUCGAAUAGGUUACAGCAAUGCAUACGAUUUUGCUAAAACGGUUUUAACAGUGUGAGCUAGAGUUGCGUUUGGACCCCAUCAAUAGGAAGGUAUCAGCGGUAUUACGGCAGAUUUCGUUAAUGGUUAUGUAGUGUUUCUUCACUUAUUGUAUUUUAAAAAUGGCUGAACUAAAACGGAGACAUUCCAGAGCUUAGUAACUAGAUUCCUUUGAGAUUCGUCUGUGUGGUAUUUGCAAGGCAGUUUAUAUUUCGGUUGGCUUAUAGUAUUUAACACUUUCAACAAUUUCGCAAAUGCAUUUUUUACUCUCACAUCUUACGAAGGAACGUUUGCUUUAAGCACAGAGAGGCGUGAAGUGCAACUACAAAGGUCUUUUUUGACUGUUUCUUUAUUUGCCGUAAAGGUACAGGGAAACCAUAUGUUUACAUUUUUUUUUAGUUGUGUCGUUUGUUGGUAUUUUAGAACGUGUGGUUGUGUUAACAUUGUUUUUGUUACCUCAGGAUUUAAUCGUCUCAUUUUACAGCUGUUUGGCUAACAGGACCGUUAGGAAGAAAUAUUUGUACAUGUACAUAUUGUACAUCUGUAGUUCAAUAGACACUCUUGAACAAAGAGUAAAUAUCUACUGUAAGACACAGAAACAUUAUACGCUACCGUUCAAAAGUUUAGGGUCACUAAACUAGGUAUUGUUUAUUUAUAUAUUUUCAUACAUUUUAAAAAAAGUAGGAAGUUCAUCAAAUAGAAAUAUGGGAAUUUUGUUGUGACAAAAAAAAUUCCAAAAUAAUUAAUCAUCACUAUAAAUUGUAGAAAUGAACUCUUAAAAUUGAUUAAAGAAGCAGCUUUAGGAUCAUCCUGAGAUACUUUUUUAACAGUAUUGAAUGAGUUCACAUAUAUUCUGGGCUGUUAUUGGCUGCUUUUUUAUUAUUUAGUCCGAGUCAUCCAUUUCAAAAACAUUACUGUAAAUUUGUUUUUACUUUUGUAGGAAAAGUAACUAAUGUUUGCACAAUUGUGUUUUGUCUUACAACAAAAUUAUAAUAAUAAGCCUAACAAAAUAAUAAUGUCUUACUAACAUUAAAGGUAUAGUUUACCCCAAAAAUGUUUUUUUUGUUUUGUUCUGUUGAACACAAAAAGAUAUUUUGAUAAAUGAUGGUAAGCACCCAGUUGACAGUACCCACUGACUUUCAUAGUAUUUGUAUCCUAAUAACCGUUUAUGAGCCCCAUUCACUUCCAUAAUAUUCUUUUUGCCUACGAUGGAAGUCAAUGUGGCUCAUCGUGUUCAUCCGAACAAAAAUAUAUACAGGUUUGUAACUACAUAAGGGUGUACCGAGCCCCUAAGGUGACAUUGAAGUAAAAAAAAUCUAAAGUUUAGUUUCAUGUGCUCACGUGAAACUUUCAUGUGCAUAAUAUUUUUUUGUUUAAGUUUAGUUUCGCAUGCUCACACGAAACUUUCGUGCGUGUGCACGUGAAACUAUCACGUGCGCACGCAAAAGCAAAAGUCCUAGCCAUCUCUGCCUAGCCAGUGCACAUGCGAAACUAAACUUUAUUUAGUUUCUAUUUUGUUUACUAAACUUUAUUAAAAGUUGCGAUUUUCUAGGCAGAUAUGGCUGAGACUAUACUUUCAUUUUUGCGUAAUAUUCAAAGUGUCAUGCGAUAGUUUCACGUGUGCACGCGAAACUAAACUUUAUUUAGUUUCUAGUUUAUUUACUAAACUUUAUUUAAAGUUGCGAUUUUCUAGGCAGAUAUGGCUGAGACUAUACUUUCAUUUUUGCGUAAUAUUCAAAGUGUCAUGCGAUAGUUUCACGUGUGCACGCGAAACUAAACUUUAUUUAGUUUCUAGUUUAUUUACUAAACUUUAUUUAAAGUUGCGAUUUUCUAGGCAGAUAUGGCUGAGACUAUACUUUCAUUUUUGCGUAAUAAUCAAAGUGUCAUGCGAUAGUUUCACAUGUGCACGCGAAACUAAACUUUAUUUAGUUUCUAGUUUAUUUACUAAACUUUAUUUAAAGUUGCGAUUUUCUAGGCAGAUAUGGCUAGGACUACACUUUUGCGCACGUCGAGAAACUAAACGCGGUAGUGUCAUGUGCGCACGCGAUAGUUUCACGUGCGCACGCAAAACUCAACUUUAUUUAAUUUUUGCUCCAUUUCCCCUUAAGGGCUCUGUAAGGGCGAGUAAAUGAUGACAGAUUUUUCAUUUUUCGGUGAACUAUCCCUUUAAUCACACAUAUUAAAAGGUUUGUAAGGUCAGGAAAAACAUUUCACUUAUGUGACCUUAAACUUUUGAACGAUAGUA